CUUCUCUGUUUUCACUUUCAUAACCAUUUUCACCAUUUUUGAAAACUCUGUGUUCAUCAGUGUCUCUCAUCUCAGUACCACCGUCGCUGCAGGCCCACGGCCGGCUGCCUUUGUUCUUCAGACCGACCACUUUCAUUGCACUGGAUCAUCGUCCCCUCUCUUCCAUUACAUUGGCAUUGUUUUGUUGUUGAAGAACAGUGCCACUGGAAUUAAAAUCAUACCGCCUCCAAAUCGUGGACCAAGCCUGCUACCGCUUAUAAAACUUGUGCUGGAGAUGCUCUGGGACUUGCACUUAUUGCAUCAUCAACUAUAAUUUAAGGAUCAGAAAGCAUUAAUCUGAAUUUGCUGAUAUUGGCAGUGUUUUUUUCAAUUGAUAAACUUGAUGUCUAUUAGAAAACCCCCAUUCCCUCGACUCCUCCUUAACAAUGUCUCUUGCAUGAGAAACGCCCAACAAAUUCUGUCUCAUGUGAAUGUGUCUCUUCAUGAUGGAGGGGCACUUGUCCUAACAGGUGCAAAUGGCUCAGGAAAGACAACUUUUAUGCGCAUGCUAGCUGGGUUUUCCCGUCCUUCUGCAGGCGAAAUCCUUUGGAAUGGCCAUGAUAUUCAAAAAUCUUUGAUCUUCCAACAGUAUAAGCUUCAGCUUAACUGGGUCUCCCUCAAGAACGCAAUUAAAGAAAAGUUCACCGUUCUAGAAAACAUUCAGUGGUUUGAACUUCUUGAAGGCAAGCAAGGGAAAGCCAUGCCUGCACUUGAGUUGAUGGGACUAGGAAAAUUGGCUAAGGAAAAGCCAAAGAUGCUUUCAAGUGGCCAGCAGAGAAGAUUGCAACUUGCCAGACUGCUCGCAAUUGAUCGCCCCAUUUGGUUGCUAGACGAGCCUUCAGUUGCAUUAGAUGAUGAAGGUGUAAAGUUACUAGAGUACAUUAUUGCCGAACACAGGAAACAGGGAGGAAUCGUGAUUGUGGCGACUCAUUUACCCAUUGAGAUAGAAGAUUCCAUGGUCUUGAGGCUGCCACCAAGGUUUCCAAGGAGGAUGUCACAUACAGAUAUGCUUGGCCGCUUGGAUAUUAGUUAAUUCUUAUAUUUAUUCAUAUUUUAAUAUUUAUUCAUAUUUUACAUCAAGACAGUCUUUGAAAUACAGUCUUUUUGAAGCACUGUCUUACUGGUCAUGCUUGUAUUGUAUUCUGCUACGAAAAAGAUAAAUGUGUAUCUGCUGAAUUGAAUGAAAAUAAACUGGUCAUGCUUGUAUUGUAUUCUGCUACGAAUAAGAUAAAUGUGUAUCUGCUGAAUUGAAUGAAAAUAAUCGAAGUGUUUGUUUCAUCCACCUUUUGCACGGGGACUUGUGAUGGAUUUGAUACUAUGCUGCACACAUAUUUUCUACUUGA